AUGCAAGCAGGCUGCGAGCCAACCCUCCACGCAGAGCCCGCGCCGGCGCGCAAGACGCGCACGGUCGUCGUCAUCACCCUAGGCUUCCUCGGCCUCGUCGUCGCCAUCAUCAUCUACUGCACCCUGCCGCGGGCGUCGUGGCAUGACACGGCCAGUUGGCUCCAGACGCACGAAGCCCUCGGUCGGUUUGCCUUUACGCUCGUCUAUGCACUUUGCAUCGUCAUUUGCUGCCCGUCGACGAUCUUUGAUUUGUUUGCUGGCUACACGUUUGGCGUCGGCUGGGGCGCCGUGGUCGCGAUCGCUGGCAAGUUCCUUGGCUCGAUCACGGCCUUUGGUAUCGGGCGCUACCUCAUCCAAGACCGCGUCCGCGCCCACCUCGAUGGCGGUCGACCCAUGUUUCGCGCUUGGGCACUCCUUAUCGAGCACCACGAAAUCCAAUUCGCCGUGCUCAUCCAGCUCGCGUACCUUCCGAUUGCACUCAAAAACUACGGGCUGAGCAUUCUCAACGUGUCGUUUUGGACCUUUGCGCUCUCGACGCUUCUCAUUGGCGGCGCCGAAUCCUACCUCAGCGUCCUCCUCGGCCACUCGACGACCAAGAUGUCGGCGAUUCUCAUUGCCGAUCCCCAAGUGCACUCGCCCGAGUCGCACGCGGCGCAAACGACGCUCGUGCUCGUGGCCGCCGCCGCCAGCGUUGGGCUUGUCAUCUUUGUGAGCUAUCGCGUCCGGUCGUACAUCGAUGCCCUCGCCACCGACGACGAGACCACGUCGCUCUUGGCGCACCAAGUGGUGUAA